AUGGAAUGUAUAAUAAAAUAUAAAAGCUACAGAGAAAGUGCAGUUAAGGUAAACAAUGAAAUGGAAGAUCUUAGCAAGGUAGAUUGUGAGAUCAUCGUGUGGGGUCGGACAGAGAAGUGUCUGAAAGAGGCUUGUGAGGAAAUUCGCAGCUUGGGAGUAGAGUGCCAUUACUUUGUGUGUGAUGUGGGCAACAGGGAAGAGGUUUACCAACAAGCUAAAGCUGUACGGGAGAAGGUGGGUGACGUUACGAUCCUGGUGAAUAACGCUGCAGUUGUUCAUGGGAAGACUCUAAUAGACAGUGAUGAUGAUGCUCUCCUGAAGUCCCAGCAUAUCAACACACUUGGCCAGUUCUGGACAACGAAAGCCUUCCUGCCUCGGAUGCUGGAACUGCAACAUGGACACAUCGUCUGCAUGAACUCUGUGCUGGCACUGUCUGCCAUCCCCGGAGCCAUCGACUACUGCACCUCCAAAGCCUCCUCCUUCGCCUUCAUGGAGAGCCUGACACUGGGGCUUCUGGACUGUCCGGGUGUCAACGCCACCACCGUCCUCCCUUUCCACACCAGCACCGAGAUGUUUCACGGCAUGAAGACCAGGUUUCCAAAGCUCUUCCCGCCCCUGAAACCUGACACGGUGGCUCGCCGGACAGUGGAAGCAGUGCGGACUAACCAGGCUCUCCUCUUGCUGCCCUGGACCAUGCACUUACUCGUCAUCAUGAAGAGUAUACUCCCACAUACAGCCUUGGAAGAGAUUUAUAGGUUUACCGGAAGCUAUGUGUGCAUGGACAGCUUCAAAGGGCGAACAUAAGAGGCCCAACAUGUGCUCCCGGCUCACUCUCCAAUCUCCCAAGCAAGCUGGAAAAUGAACUUUCAGAAUGUCUGUGGCAGGCGACUCUGACAUUUUCCUGUCAAGUCUUGCAGAACGUUAAGCAUUGGAUCCUCACCAGGACAAUACAGCCCUGAGCUCCCUCUCGGGGAAGUGAACUGUGUAAUCCAACAAGACAUUAACGGAUGGACAAAAAAAAACUUGGUGACUUGUUUCAUGUGAGAGCUUAAGUGUCUUCAUUCUAAGUAUAAUUUGGGACAUCCGAAACCCUUCACCAGCAAACCUGUGUGGCUUCUACAUAUGCUCUUUUGCGUUGAUGGUAUUCUGCGGGCAGCCUGUUUCACAGGAUGUGAUUUUUCACAUUGUGCCAAUGACUUUGCAUGCAGUUCCACUUGAUGUUAUUCAGUUUAAUAACAGGAAAUCCAGUGAAAAUUCAUCUCCUUUUUCCUUUUUAAAAUCAUGCUGUAAAUUUUAAUAUUUAAACUCUUUCUAAUUUGCCACCUGGGCUAAAAAUUCUUCCUUGAGUUUAGUGAAAGAAUAAAAUGUAAAAGAAU